AGCGCGUGCGCACGGAGGUUCUGCGCUUGUCAUCAUGGCGACGCGGGGCCAUGUGCAGGACCCUAACGACAGGCGCCUCCGGCCCAUUUAUGAUUAUCUUGACAAUGGGAAUAAUAAAAUGGCAAUUCAGCAAGCAGAUAAAUUGUUAAAGAAACAUAAGGAUCUUCACUGUGCUAAGGUUCUAAAAGCCAUUGGUUUACAGAGGACUGGAAAACAGGAGGAGGCCUUUACCUUGGCACAGGAGGUGGCUGCCCUUGAGCCGACAGAUGACAACUCAUUACAGGCACUAACCAUUCUUUACCGGGAGAUGCAUCGACCGGAGUUAGUUACAAAACUUUACGAGGCAGCUGUGAAGAAAGUUCCCAAUAGUGAGGAGUAUCACUCUCACCUCUUCAUGGCCUAUGCCAGAGUGGGUGAAUACAAGAAGAUGCAACAGGCUGGCAUGGCUCUCUAUAAGAUUGUCCCCAAAAACCCUUACUACUUUUGGUCUGUGAUGAGCUUAAUUAUGCAAUCUAUAUCAGCACAGGAUGAAAACCUCUCAAAAACAAUGUUUCUGCCCCUUGCUGAGAGAAUGGUAGAAAAAAUGGUGAAAGAGGACAAGAUUGAAGCUGAAGCUGAAGUUGAACUUUAUUAUAUGAUCCUGGAACGAUUGGGAAAGUACCAGGAAGCCUUGGAUGUCAUUAGAGGGAAAUUAGGAGAGAAGUUGACAAGUGAGCUUCAGAGUCGGGAAAACAAGUGCAUGGCUAUGUACAAGAAGCUGAGCAGGUGGCCUGAGUGCAACGCCCUUUCCCAGCGCCUCUUACUGAAAAACUCAGAUGACUGGCAGUUCUAUAUGACUUACUUUGAUUCUGUCUUUCGACUUAUUGAAGAGGCCUGGACACCUCCUGCUGAAGGUGAACAUUCGUUAGAAGGAGAAGUACAUUAUUCUGCAGAAGAAGCUGUGAAGUUUAUAGAAGAUCGGAUAACAGAAGAAUCUAAAAGUUCUAGACAUCUCCGGGGACCACACCUGGCUAAACUAGAGCUGAUCAGACGUUUACGAAAUCAAGGUUUUAACGAUGAGUACAAGCUGGGUGACCCAGAAGAAUUAAUGUUCCAGUAUUUUAAAAAGUUUGGUGAUAAACCAUGUUGUUUUACAGACCUUAAGGUGUAUGUUGACCUCUUGCCUGCUUCACAGUGUACAAAAUUUAUUAACCAGCUCCUUGGCGUCGUUCCUUUAUCAACACCAGCAGAGGGUAAGCUUGCACUGCCUGCUGACAUCCGAGCUCUGCAGCAGCACUUGUGUGUGGUGCAGCUGACGAGAUUACUUGGCUUGUACCAUACCAUGGAUAAAAGCCAGAAGUUGAAUGUGGUCAGAGAACUGAUGUUGAGGUAUCAGCAUGGACUAGAAUUUGGAAAAUCCUGCUUGAAAACAGAAUUGCAGUUUUCUGACUAUUACUGUCUUCUUGCUGUCCAUGUGCUUAUUGAUAUAUGGAGAGAAACAGAUGAGGAGACUGCUGUGUGGCAGGCCCUGACUUUGCUGGAAGAAGGACUAACCCACAGCCCUUCCAAUGCUCAAUUCAAGUUGCUGCUUAUUCGAAUCUACUGUAUGCUGGGUGCAUUUGAACCAGUGGUGGAUCUUUACUCCAGCCUCGAUGCUAAGCACAUCCAGCACGACACCAUUGGUUAUCUUUUGACGCGCUACGCAGAAUCACUAGGUCAGUAUGCUGCUGCAUCCCAGUCCUGUAACUUCGCACUCAGGUUUUUCCACUCCAACCAGAAAGAUACCUCAGAAUAUAUUAUUCAAGCUUACAAAUAUGGUGCAUUUGAGAAGAUCCCAGAGUUUAUCGCUUUUAGGAAUAGGCUGAAUAAUUCUCUUCAUUUUGCACAAGUUCGUACUGAACGGAUGCUGUUAGACCUUCUACUUGAAGCAAAUAUAUCAACAAGCUUAGCAGAAAGUAUAAAGUCAAUGAAUAUUAGGCCAGAAGAAGAUGACAUUCCAUGGGAAAACCUGAGAGACAACAGAGACUUAAAUGUGUUCUUCAGCUGGGAUCCAAAAGACAGGGAUAUUUCUGAAGAACAUAAGAAACUUUCCCUGGAGGAAGAGACAACGUGGCUAAGAAUCCGGUCCUUAACACUGAGGCUGAUCAGUGGCCUUCCUGGUCUUAACCAUCCAGUGGAGCCAAAGAACUCAGAGAAGACUGCUGAAAAUGGUGUGUCCUCCCGGAUGGACAUUGUUCGCUUGCUCCUCCAACAGCUAGAAUUUGCCGUGGAGACGGGAAAGAGAUUUAUUGAGAGGGAAAUUCAGUAUCCUUUCCUUGGUCCUGUACCAACCAGAAUGGGUGGAUAUUUUAACUCUGGCAGUUCUCAGUGCCAGAUAAGUUCCUUUUAUCUUGUUAAUGAUGUAUAUGAGCUGGAUACCAAUGGAUUAGAGGAUACAAUGGAGAUACAGGAUCGAAUAGAGACUAGUCUUAAGUCUUUACUCGAACAAUUAAAAGAUGUCUUCAGUAAGUGUAAAGGCAACCUCCUUGAAGUCAAAGGUGGUAACUUGCAAACACACCCUAUUCUUUUAGAAAAUCUCGUCUUCUUUGUUGAGACUAUUUCUAUUAUCCUUUGGGUCUCCAGUUACUGUGAGAGUGUCCUGCGACCAUACAAAAUAAAUAUACAGAAAAAGAAAAAGAAGAAAAAAGAAACUAGCAUCAUGAUGCCCUCUGUGUUCACCUGUUUCCAAGACUAUGUUACUGGACUUCAGACAUUAAUUUCCAAUGUUGUGGAUCAUAUUAAAGGACUUGAAGCACAUCUAAUUGCACUUAAACUUGAAGAACUUAUUUUAGAAGAUACUUCUUUCUCUCUGGAAGAGAAAAAAUUUUCAAAGACUGUGCAGGGGAAGGUGCAGAGCAGUUACCUGCAUUCACUUCUGGAAAUGGGAGAGCUGCUGAAAAAAAGACUGGAGACCACAAAGAAACUAAAAAUUUAAGGAUGUGUGCACCACAUGCACCACUGACUCUUGACCAUCUUCCCAGGCAGAAGCAGCAUCUGGUUGACCAUCAUUGUAAUCCAGAACUUCCUCAUAAAAUGCAUGAAGGACUUUGAUCGUGAAUUAUUUUUUUGAGGUAUUAAAUAUAAACAAUUGAUUAAAUUAUUGUAUAUAAAGCAGAAGCAGGACCUUUGUCUGGGUUUGACCACUUUUAUACAUGUUCAUAUGCAAAUAGCAGCAACAAGAGAACCCACUUCCCUCCUAUCACCAGAAGCAUCUGGGAUGGGUGUUUCUGUACAAGCAGCAAUAGAAAUUAACUGUAAAGUCUUGACCUUGGAGCAGCUGAAUUGCCCUCUCGUCAGGGCAGUAGGAGUUUUGGUAUGGUUCUUGAGCCAUAAGAGACAGAAAGAUGCAAAUGUGGACAUGACUGGGAGUGGGGUCCUUUCUACUAUAGCAGGUGCUUCAUUGUGAGGCCUCCACAGCUGUGUGGUCCCCACAGAACCAAGUCUGUAGACCAAAAGGUCUCAGGUGAAAUUUGGCAUAAGCACAUGCCACUGCAGGGCACCAUGUAUGACUCAGGCGCUCAGCUUUUGGCUUCCUUGUCCUGCUAGCCAAGACAUACCCAUCCUAGCUCCUGUGCGGGUUAGGGUUGUAUUUAAGUGAUAUAGAUAGACCACCUGAUUUGUAAGUCUGCUGAGAGCUACCUUGCUGUUGUUGGUUAUAUGGCAAAAUGGGAAUGACUGUUGUCAAGAGAGGUGUACAUAUUUUACACAGGCAACUCUGAUGCUUAUUUCAUCUGUUUUGUGAAAUCAUAUGCUGCAGUAAUUCAAGGAAGGAGUUUGUAUAUUAUGAGUUUGACCUAGAUUUUAAAUUUUGGGUUGGCAAGAAAAGUUAUCCAAUGACUCUGAUGUUCAGUCUACUUUCUUUAAACUUAAGAAUUCUGGUAAUAUGGUUUCUACUUUGUUCACCUUGAGCUUUCCUUCCCAAGACUGUAAUAGGUUGAUCUUGCUUUUGAAUAUGUUACAGUUUUUUUGAUAAUU